AUGGUCGACACACCGCCGAAUACCCCUGCACUAAAAACUGCAGAACAAGGCGGGUAUCCCAAUGACGGAUUUGAGAACGAUACAAUAGACGGUGAGUUGCAAGAUGACAACUCUGAUUGUGACGUAAAAGACAAUAGUUUUAAACAUCUUGAGGAAUUAAGGGAGAUAGGUGCAGGAGAAGAAAAUGGCUAUUCAGAUAAACCAAUCAGGCUGGGUUCAGCGACUGGAUCGAGCUUUACAGACUCAAAAAGAGCGUCGAUUGAAGGGAGCCCCAGAGUUCAAACCGACAGCUGCAUGGAUUGGUUGGUAGUCUUGGCGUCCUUCUUAACUCACUUUAUCGUGUGCGGCAUUUUAUACUCAUUUGGUGUGUUUUAUAUCACUCUGCUAAAUGAAUUCGAAGAAACCAAGUCAGCGACGUCUUGGGUUGGCUCCAUUCAAAUAGCUCUUAGCUGGAUCAUGGGUCCAAUAGCAAGCUCCCUAUCAGAUAAAAUUGGACACCGAGCUGUUGGAGUCAUUGGUUCUGUUCUCGCUGCGACGGGGAUUGGCGUGAGUUCGUUAGCGUCUAAUGUGUACUUGCUGUAUUUUACAUUUGGAGUUAUCUCUGGUAUCGGUUUCGCACUGAUGUAUUUUCCAAGCAUUGUCUCAGUUCAGGAUCAUUUUGAGAAGAGGAAAAGUGUAGCUAUGGGAAUUGCAGUGUGCGGAUCAGGUGUUGGGACAUUUUCAAUGGCACCCCUUAUAGAAUAUCUUAUUGAAAGCAUAACCUGGAGGUACGCUCUUCUCGUACUGGCUGGCUGUCUUCUUUUAGGGAUUGGCUUGAACAUGCUGUUUGUGCCACCUAAAUUAAUAAACAAGGAGGAAAAUGAGACAGAACAGACCUUGUCAAGCAACGAUAAAACGACCAUGUUCUUCAAAAGCAUGUUCCACAUCUCUUUGCUACGAAGAGUUGAUGUUGUCCUGUGGCUAGUGUGUAAUUUGAUAAUCCAAAUAGGGCUCGUAGUUCCAUACACUUACAUACCAGAUAAAGCUGUAGAUGUGGGGAUAGAAGUGAAGAACGCAGCGUUCCUGAUGUCCAUUGUAGGUAUUGCUAACACAGUGGGCCGAGUCGUAAUGGGUCUGUUUGCUGACUUCCGGUGCGCUAACAGGCGAUAUAUGCUUGGGAUAAGUGUUAUGAUUACAGGGGUCAUGGUUGUCAUAUUGCCCUUUAUGAAGGAGUACGGUGUGAUUGCAACGGUGUGCACCUUUUACGGGUUAUCCCUUGGUAAGUGGAAUUCUGAUCAUCGUGUUCAACUCUUUCUUGCAUAG